ACACCACGUUAUAUCGCUUAUGGCAUAAUUGGAAUUUCAAUCUGGGCUACUGCUAUCGCAUUAUCAUUUAAUCACCAACGUGUAAAUAGUAGUUCAGUUAAGGAAAGUUUAUUAAAUGUAAAAAAUCAUCCAAAAGCCAUUCAAUAUUUGGGAAGAAAUAUUAACUUUACAGCACCUCAAUGGUGGCCUUUUCCUUCACAACGGAAAUUUCCAUGGAUUUCAGGGAAUAUUAAUCAAUUGAAAGGAAUUGUAGAUUUUAAAUAUUGGGUAGAAGGAAGUGAUG